AUGACCUGCCUUCGGCGCGCGCGCGCGCUCGCUCGCGCCCCGCCUCCUCCUCCUCCCCCUCCUCCUCCUCCUCCUCCGCCGCCGCCUUGGGUCAUCCGUGACGUCACGUGCGCCGGGUGGCAAGUGAGUAGUCGGUCGCUCGCUCGGGAGUCGAAGCAGAAGAAGCAGAAGAGGAAGAGCAGGAGGAAGAGGCAGCGACGCUCGCCAAGUGCUGCGCAGCGCAGCGGGCCCAGCAGCGCGCAGACGACGCUCAGCCAGUCGCCGCCUGAGCGCGCAGCCGGUCGCAACUCGACGCGACAGCAGCAGAACCGGCAGAUCCCAAGAACAGAAAUUGAUAAGAAAGCUUUUUAA